AUGGCUAACCAAAGGAGCAAUGAAGCGGCCAUAAAGAAUUUAGAAAAUCAAGUGGGUCAACUUGCAAAGCAAUUGUCCGAGCAACAACCGGGAGCAUCCUUUUCCGCCAACACCCAAACCAAUCCAAAGGAGCAAUGCAAAGCCAUUUUUACAAGAAGUGGGAAGGAGGUGAAUAGUGGCGUAAAUGAAGAGGUUAUAGUGGAAGAUGAGGAGGAAAUAAUAGUUGAAGAUGAAGAGGAGGAAGUGACAGUUGAAAAUGAGGGAGAAAAGAGUGAGGAGAAAGUGGAGGAAGAAUUAGUUGAAAAAGAGCGGAAAGAAAAAGAAGGAAAAGAGAAAAAUGACAAAAAAGUGAAUAGGAAUAAAAAGAGAAAUGAGAAUAUGCUCACAAAGAAAAAGAAGUACACGAAUGAAGAGACGGUUGUGCUUGAUGCUCAUUGUAGUGCAAUUAUUCAAAAAACUCCCCCAAGAAAGGAAGCCGAUCCGGGACGAGUCAUUUUACCGAUCACCAUUGGAGGUAACUACAUUAGUAAUGGUUUGGUUGAUUUGGGGUCUAGCAUCAAUUUAAUACCUUUAUCCGUUGUCAAGAGAUUGGGGAACAUUGAGAUGAAACACACCAGGAUAACUUUACAACUAGCUGAUAAGUCUAUCAUUUCACCAUAUGGAGUUGUACAAGACAUGCUGGUAAAGGUGGACAAAUUUUUGUUCCCGGUUGAUUUUGUGGUAGUCGACAUGGAGGAGGAUCGUGAUGUGCCAUUAAUACUUGGAAGACCAUUCAUGAAGACCACCCGAAUGAUGAUUGAUAUCGAUGAUGGGAUUAUGAAAGUAAGGGUGCAAGAUAAAGAGGUAAUUUUUACUCUUUUUGAGUCUAUGAAGCCUCAUAAGGAUGAACAUGACAACUUUCGAAUCGAUGAUGAAAAAGGAGAAAUCAUUAAGGUGGCAAAUCAAAUUCACAAGGACAAGGAGAAGGCAAAUCAUGAGGGAAAGACUUAUCACAAAAACAUUGAAGUUGGACAAAUGGUGCUUGUGUGCAAUUCAAGACACAAGGUGUUUCCUAGUAAGUUAAAGUCAAAGUGGUCGGGGCCAUUUGUGGUGAAAGAGGUGCGAAAUUAUGGAGCCAUUGUGGUGGAGGACCCUAAAACACAAGAAAGCUGGACUGUAAAGGAACAAAGACUCAAAGGCUACCACGAUGGAUAA